AUGGCGAGCAACCGUAUGCGUCGUGUUGGGAAGGAAAUGGCAGACAUCUAUGCCGAUUCCCACUCUCAGAUUAAGGCAGAGCCCAUUGGCGACGAAGAUGAUGUCACACACCUUCGAGGUUCCUUCCCAGGACCACCCGGUACACCAUACGAAGGCGGCACCUACAACAUCGAUAUCAAGAUUCCAAUAGAUUACCCUUUCCGACCCCCUGUGAUGAAAUUCGAAACCAAAGUGUGGCACCCGAAUGUCAGCAGCCAAACGGGUGCGAUUUGCCUCGAUACGCUCGCCAGUGCUUGGUCUCCAGUCCUGACUAUCAAAUCUUCCCUGCUUUCUUUGCAAUCCCUGCUCAGCACCCCGGAACCCAAGGAUCCUCAAGACGCCGAGGUCGCCAAUAUGCUCCUGCGGAAGCCGAAAGAGUUUGAGCGUGUGGCGCGAGAAUGGGCUGUUAUCUAUGCCGGUGCUCCCCAGAAUGAAGCCGGAGAGGGCAGUCGAGGUGGCAUAGAUGACGUGCCGGAAGGCGCAGGGCGCGAGAAUCUGGCCAAGUACGAUGGAUACAACAAAGACCUGGUCGACCGCUUCUGUGGUAUGGGAUUUGAUGUGGAUCGGGUUGUGACCGCCUUCCAUCAAGUUCGCAUUGACCGGCGUGGAGGCCAGGACUACCAACUGGAAGAGGGCGCUAUGGCAGGACCCGUUCCCAGGAGGCCUGCGGACAUCCCCACGUUGCGUGACGCCGGGCUCUCGACCCUUCCCUCUUCCUUUCUCACCAUCGCCAUGAUCGAAGACGACAUUUAUCGCACCUCCUCCCAGUUUCGGCUGUGGUCAUUUACAAAUGCCUCACUACAAUCUCUUCGGGCGACGACGAAUGCUAUCGCCAGCGAGCGCGUACGACGCAGAGCCCGCGAGGCCCAACAAUCAACUGCAUCCUCCGCCUCGGGGACACCACAGCCGGGCAGCGAGAGCGAAAGCAAACCGAACGAGGAAGCAAAUAUCGAGUGCUUGACGCCCGAAGAGGAGCUCGUGCUGGUGCGAUAUUACUGUGAGAAGACACUGGAGCUGGGGGAUACCUACAAGCCACCACUACCGACCAUGGUCCGGGCCACCGCGAUUCAAUAUCUUCGCCGCUUCUACCUGAGCAAUUCGCCUAUGAUCUACCACCCCAAAUCAAUCAUGACGUGCGCGCUGUUCGUCGCGACCAAAACAGAUAAUUAUUAUAUGUCUCUGCGACAAUUUGCAGAUGGGAUCCCGGGCGACACAUCAACCGAAGACGUCAUUGCGCCCGAGUUCCUACUCAUGCAGGGCCUGCGCUUCACGUUCGACGUGCGCCAUCCGUUCCGCGGGCUCGAAGGCGGCGUCAUGGAACUGCAAGCCAUCGCCCAAGGCCAAGGCCAGCCAGCACCUCACCUACCACACCAGAUGCCGGACGAGCUGCGACGGGGCUUGCUCGCGAUCGCGCCACCACCAACCCCGUCAUCAUCAAUCACAGACCGAAUCGGGCGCGCCCACGGCACGACACGCGAGAUGCUCAAGUCCGCCGCGCAGAUGACCGACGCCUACUUCCUCUAUACACCAUCUCAGAUCUGGCUAUCGGCCUUCCUCCUCGCCGACCGCCCCCUAGCCGAAUUCUACCUCGACACCAAACUCGGCGGGCCCAUCGCGCGGGCAACGGACACCGACAACAGCGAUGCCACCAACCCGCUCCAGAACCCCCUCUACGAACUCCGCACCAAGCUCCUCAGCGUCCUCACGGACUGCUCCGCCAUGCUCCAGUCCUACUCCCCGCUGUCCGCCGACCCAGAUCAAAUGAAGGGUCUUAAGCGCAUUGCAAAGAAAUUGUAUCACUGCCAAAAACAGAGCCCCGAAAAAGCUCAUUUCGGCACGGCGCAAAAGCGCGAUUCUGCCCAGCCGCCGUUGUCGGCUGCCGCCACUGCGGCCAGUGACUCGGGCCCUGCCUCGGAAAGCGAGUCGGAGCGACUGGCUAAAAAGCGGAAACUGGAGCAGGAGCAGCAGGCUCGUCGGGGGCAGGAUUUGUUCGGGCCGGAGCUGGUCACGGAGCGAACUAAGGGGCAAUAA